AUCAGGUCACCUGAUUUUAUCAUUUUGUCUGUCCUGGAGUGGAGCCGUCCCUAUAACAAUCUAGUUCAGACCAGAAACUGGAGACAGAAAUAAAUAUUAAAAGAAAUCAUACUACCCGGGUACGGAAAGGUAUGAAUUCAUAUUUUGCGAAUCCGUCCUUAUCUUGCCACUUAACCAGUGGGCAAGAUGUUCUCCCCAACGUGGCCCUGAAUUCGACUGCCUAUGACCCAGUUAGGCAUUUUUCUACUUAUGGAGCAGCCGUGGCUCAGAACAGGCUUUAUUCUUCUCCUUUUUAUUCUCCUCAAGAUAAUGUUGUGUUUGGCUCCAGCCGAGGGCCUUAUGACUACGGAUCUAACGCAUUUUACCAGGAAAAAGACGUGCUCCCUAGCUGCAGGCAAAACACUGUAGGACACAGUGUACAGAGUUCAAUUGCACAAGAUUUUAAUAGCGACCAAAGCAGGGCUAUUAGCCAGGAACAGAAAAACUCCAUUCAGAUAUAUCCUUGGAUGCAGCGGAUGAACUCACAUAGUGGGGUAGGCUAUGGAGCGGACAGGAGGAGAGGACGCCAGAUAUAUUCCCGAUACCAAACCCUGGAACUAGAGAAAGAGUUCCACUUCAAUCGAUACUUGACAAGACGCAGAAGAAUCGAGAUUGCAAACGCACUUUGUUUGACAGAGAGACAGAUUAAAAUCUGGUUUCAAAACAGGAGAAUGAAAUGGAAAAAAGAAAGUAGUCUCACACCAACUUUGUCUGGGAGUAGUGGAACUGCUUCAGCAACCAUGAGUGAGAAAGAUGACAAGGCAGAAGCAACAGAAGAAAAACAGAAGGAGUGAAAGACACUCAGCUCUCCAGUUUUUAUGUAGUUCUGUAAUAAAAUAAUCGGCACAACUUUUACUGGCAACAUAAAUAUGGUCAAAAUGUGGACAUGCACCAAGUUUCUUGUUGUGUUUUCGUUCCUUUAUUUAUUUAUUUUAAAUAAAAGUCUGUUGCAUUUCAUUUAUCUCAUUUGUUUGUGUAUGUAACUGACAUUCAAACUGCAUUAAUUUCGUUUCAGGUUUAUGUAAAAUGUAUUUUUUUUAAUAAAACAAUUGAGAUUUAACGUGUGUGUGUGUGUGUGUGAGUGAGAGAGUGGUGGUAGUGUUUCUUGUAAGCAGAUUCUGCGCAGUCAAAGCCUUGACCGCUCCUGUCUCUUCCUGAAAUAUGGUGCCCAAUAAAUCAUAAAAUUUUAGCCUGAACACUUGGUAUCUAUGCUUGCAUACUACCUGACUCAUGUAUAUUAAAAUAUAUGUAACAUUUAUGUAUAAAUCAGCGUAUUUGUGGUAGUUACGUUUUAUGUUUUAGAUAUGCAACGUAAAAGCAGUUUACGGUGACUGAAUCAAGUGACAAGCGUUAUUUUGUUUUCAAUGUAUAAAGUUAUUGUCAAGCUGCCUUUAAGUGUUAUUUAAUAAAAUUGUAUUUUUAAUGUU